AUGGAUGACUUUAAAACAGAUAUGGAGAUUAAUGCAACCAAGCUUGAAUCUCAUUUUCUUCCUUCGGUUUUCUCAACAAUACGUCAUCAUUUACAUGAUUAUGCAAAUAAAUAUAUUAGAAAUAUAAAUAAUAAUAAUAUUCGUAAUAUUAGCGAUGAAGAAUUUCAGGCUAUAAAAACAUUGCGCAAUAAUAAAGAAAUCAUAAUAAGUCGCGCCGAUAAAGGCAACGCCAUCGUAGUGAUGGAUAAGAAAGACUACAUAGAAAAAGCUAAUAAUAUUCUUCAAUUAAAGCACUUUCAACAUACAACUAAAUCUCUACAAAAAGAGAAAGAAGAAGAAAUGAACAAAUAUCUUCGAGAGUAA